GCUCGAGACAAAGCGGCCGAACCAAUCGAACCUAAACUUUUGUGGGAGGAGGACGGGCACCUGCCAGCUGAACUAACCAAACCUCUUGGCAAUCGGCACCGUAGUUGUUACCUGUGGCAGUUGCAGUAAAGCCUAAACCGUCAAGAGUAGUAAAGUAGUGAGAAGUGACAAUCUUAAAGGCAUCGAACAUCAACAACCUCACUUCAACGAUAAGAGAAAAUCCAAAAUCCAACGCACAUCGCCCAUUCAUUCCCUCCUUCGUUCUUCCCGUCCACACCCGCCCCAUUAUUUUUUCUCUCUCCAAAGAUCAGAGAGAGAGAGAGAGAGCCUCAUUUCCCAUCCAUAUAACCUUCCAUCCCCUCCUCUUAUCCUUCUAGUCCACCCACCUUCUCUCACAAAAUUCACACUCAAAAACACUCCACAAACACCGCCAAAUGGCCUCCGCCACAGCACCAACAACUCUCUCUCUCCUUAAAACAGCCGCCUCCUCCACCUCCACAUCUGUCCGGGCCUCCCUACUCCCAGUCUCCACCUCCGGCCUCCGCACAACCAGCCUCCGGGGUCUUGGUUUCUCUGCUGCAGACACAUUGUUUAGCUCUCAUGUGGUGUCCAAAAUACGAUCUUUCAAGUCAAGUGGUAAAGCACCAAGAGCAGUGGUGUCUAUGGCAAAGAAGAGUGUUGGUGACUUGACAGCUGCUGAUUUGAAAGGGAAGAAAGUCUUCGUUAGAGCUGAUUUGAAUGUGCCUCUUGACGAUAAUCAGAAUAUUACUGAUGAUACUAGAAUUAGAGCCGCUAUCCCUACUAUUAAAUACUUGAUUUCAAAUGGGGCUAAAGUUAUUCUUUCUAGUCAUCUGGGACGACCAAAAGGUGUUACUCCAAAAUUCAGCUUGGCACCUCUUGUACCCCGGUUAUCUGAACUCCUUGGAAUUCAGGUUGUGAAAGCUGAUGAUUGCAUUGGCCCAGAGGUAGAAAAAUUGGUUGCUUCACUUCCUGAUGGUGGUGUUCUUCUUCUUGAGAAUGUCAGGUUUUACAAGGAAGAAGAGAAGAAUGAACCUGAAUUUGCAAAGAAGCUUGCUUCCUUGGCGGAUCUUUAUGUAAAUGAUGCAUUUGGAACUGCACAUAGAGCACAUGCCUCCACUGAGGGGGUCACAAAAUUCUUGAAACCAUCUGUUUCUGGUUUCCUCUUGCAGAAGGAGCUGGACUACCUUGUUGGGGCAGUUUCAACCCCAAAGAGGCCAUUUGCUGCCAUUGUGGGUGGUUCCAAGGUCUCAUCCAAGAUUGGAGUCAUUGAGUCACUCCUGGAGAAGUGUGAUAUCCUUCUUUUGGGUGGAGGUAUGAUUUUCACAUUUUACAAGGCUCAAGGCCUCUCAGUAGGUUCAUCCUUGGUUGAGGAAGAUAAGCUUGGUUUGGCAACAUCGCUCCUUGAGAAGGCCAAGGCAAAAGGAGUGUCUCUUUUGCUACCCAGUGAUGUGAUAAUUGCAGACAAGUUUGCUCCUGAUGCAAAUAGCAAGACUGUACCUGCAUCAGCCAUCCCGGAUGGUUGGAUGGGACUGGACAUUGGACCAGAAUCUGUGAAGACAUUCAGUGAAGCUUUGGGAACUACCCAAACUGUCAUCUGGAACGGACCCAUGGGAGUGUUUGAGUUUGACAAGUUUGCAGUUGGGACAGAGGCCAUUGCAAAGAAGCUUGCUGAGCUUAGCGGCAAGGGAGUUACAACUAUUAUUGGAGGUGGAGAUUCUGUUGCGGCUGUAGAAAAAGUAGGAGUUGCUGAUGUUAUGAGCCACAUAUCAACUGGCGGUGGUGCCAGCUUGGAGUUGUUGGAAGGGAAAGAGCUUCCAGGUGUCCUUGCACUAGAUGAAGUCGAACGAGUUGCUGUGUGAGAUUAUUUGAUUUUUUCCUCCAUUCCCAUGCCGAUGCUUUUAUUGUUACGAGAGAGAGAUGCGAUGUUGUAGAAGAAGUACCGAGUCAUGUUAUACAUUUUCUGUGUCUUCAAUAGGAGGGGUCUGAUUCCACCUUUGCCUUUCUUGCUUCUUACUAAAUCGCCAAGAGAGACAUUGAGGGUAGUUAACAAGAACGAUCCAGCAUUUUAAAUAAUAGUUGACAAUUCUUCUUCUUCUUCUUCA